UUGGGCCUACCAAGGUGGUAAGCGAUGGCUCUACCUCUAUCAAAGCAGGUCUUGGGCUGCUUUCUCUUAUUCUCCAUUUUCCUAUCUUCUCUUUCAGCCUUCUCUUAUGCUUUGACAGACAUUGAAGCAUCAUUAAUUGCUCGUCGCCAACUUUUGACUCUCCAAGAAAAUGAAGAUUUUUUCCUUAAAUUUGGCCAUGAGAUCCACUUUGACACCAGUUUUGCCAACGAAAGGCUGCAAAGAGCUUACAUUGCGUUACAAGCAUUGAAGAAGUCUAUCUACUCUGAUCCUUUAAACACAACUCGUAAUUGGGUUGGUACCAAUGUGUGUUCUUAUACUGGCGUCUUUUGCGCUCCAGCCCUUGAUGACCCCAAAUUGGAGGUUGUUGCUGGCAUCGACCUUAACCAUGCUGACAUUGCCGGAUACCUACCGCCUGAGUUAGGGCUCUUGACUGACGUUGCACUCUUUCACAUUAACUCUAACAGGUUUUGUGGAAUUAUCCCCAAAACCAUGUCAAGACUCAAACUUAUGUUUGAAUUUGAUGUAAGCAACAAUCGCUUUGUUGGCUCUUUCCCGACAGUCGUCCUCACAUGGCCAAGCCUUAAAUAUCUCGAUCUCAGGUUCAAUGAUUUUGAAGGGAAAUUACCUCCAGAACUCUUUGAAAAGGAUCUCGAUGCAAUUUUCUUAAACAACAACCGUUUCAAAUCCAACAUCCCCGACACAGUAGGUAAAUCUACAGCUUCUGUUGUGAGCUUCGCAAACAACAAGUUCACUGGUUGUAUUCCGCACACCAUUGGCAACAUGGCAAACACAUUGAAUGAGAUUCUUUUCCUGGGCAACAACCUUGGCGGUUGCUUCCCCCUAGAAAUUGGAUCCCUAGGCAAUGUAACGGUGUUCUCAGCCAGCUUUAAUGGGUUCAUUGGGUUAUUGCCAAAGACCUUUUCAGGACUACAAAAGGUUGAAGAAUUGGACAUUUCACAUAACAAGCUAACGGGAUUUGUGCCUGAGAAUGUUUGCAAGUUGCCCAGCUUGUCCAACUUCACUUUUUCUUAUAACUACUUCAAUGGGGAGGCUCAAGAAUGUGUUCCAUCUCCAAGGGUGCCCAAGAUAUUGGAUGACAAGAGCAAUUGUUUUCCAGGUAGACCAAAGCAGAAGUCUACCAAGAUAUGUUUUCGAGAGGCGACUCGACCUGUCAAUUGUAGCAAGCAUUGUGGCAGCUCCUCUUCACAUCCACAACCGAAGCCACCAACUAAGAAAACACCACCACCUUCAACUCCAAAUCAGCAGCCCCAACCAUCUCCUUCUGAUCCUUCAACUCCGAAGCAGCAACCCCAACCAUCUCCUCCAGUUGGGCAUCCUCCAUCAACACCAGAACAACCAUCACCGCCUAAAUCUUCGAUUCCAAGUCCUAAGCCAUCUCCAACACCGCCAGAACCAUCUAACCCAUCACCGCCUAAAUCUUCGACUCCAUCUCCUGAGUCAUCUCCAACACCACCAAAACCAUCUGACCCAUCACCACCUAAAUCUUCGACCCCAUCUCCUAAGUCAUCUCCAACACCACCAAAACCAUCUGACCCAUCACCGCCUAAAUCUUCGACCCCAUCUCCGGAGUCAUCUCCAACACCGCCAAAACCAUCUGACCCAUCACCACCUAAAUCUUCAACCCCAUCUCCCGAGUCAUCUCCAACACCACCAAAACCAACUGACCCAUCACCACCUAAAUCUUCGACCCCAUCUCCUGAAUCAUCUCCACCAUCGCCGAAAUCAGCACCUAGUCCAGAUGAUCCAUCUGGUAAUUCACCUUUUAAUAAUUUUCGAUCACCUCCUCCACCCGUUCAAUCUCCACCACCAUCCCCUGUAUACUCCCCACCACCACCAGUUCACUCUCCCCCACCACCAGUUCAUUCACCGCCACCACCACCGCCACCAGUGUACUCCCCUCCCCCACCACCACCAGUUCACUCUCCUCCUCCACCACCAGUCCACUCUCCACCACCUCCAGUCCACUCUCCUGAGUCAUCUCCACCAUCGCCGAAAUCAGCACCUAGUCCAGAUGAUUCAUCUGGUAAUUCACCUUUUAAUAAUUUUCGAUCACCUCCUCCACCCGUUCAAUCUCCACCACCAUCCCCUGUAUACUCCCCACCACCACCAGUUCACUCUCCCCCACCACCAGUUCAUUCACCGCCACCACCACCGCCACCAGUGUACUCCCCUCCCCCACCACCACCAGUUCACUCUCCUCCUCCACCACCAGUCCACUCUCCACCACCUCCAGUCCACUCUCCACCACCACCAGUCCAUUCACCACCACCACCACCCAUGUACUCACCUCCCCCACCACUAGUUCACUCGCCGCCACCCCCAAUAUACUCCCCACCACCUCCAGUCCAUUCUCCUCCACCACCAGUCCAUUCUCCCCCACCUCCACCAGUCUACUCUCCUCCACCACCAGUCCACUCUCCACCACCACCAACACCAGACAUCGUCCUCCCACCAAAUUUCGGGUUCCAGUAUUCAUCGCCACCUCCACCAUUAUUCCCUGGCUACUGAAUAGCAUAUUAUCAUUAACAUCUUUCCCUUCAUGUUUUGCAAUUUCCUUUAUAGUUUCAGAAUGUUAUGUACACACAUUGAGUGUAAGCGGAGGUCAAGCUUCUCAUCACUUAAUAGUAAUUUGAGCUUCCGCUAACUUUCUCUUCUCCCUUGAUUUCAUUUAGUUCUUUUUCAUUUUAUUUUAUU